AAGGCAGACUCAGGACAAGGCAAAGAAGAACAGGCUUUGUGAAGAGGAAAGGAACGCCUUAAGGGAGGUAUAUAAAAGUACCUAUCCGGGGAGCGCGACGAUUAAGACCCCAGAACAGAGCAAGCUAAUCACGAUGAAGGCAGGUAAACGGGUGGUCUCGACCCUCAAGAUACAAACGACUUCCCCAGACCCAUCGUGUGUACCUAGUCCGUAUCUUUGGGCCGUUCCUGUAGACUACCGCCACACGGGAGCGCUCUACCCACAAAAGGCAACUGGUACUAUUGUGCACAUGGGCAGAGCCGCCGUGGGCACUAAAUUGAGAUUAGCAGAGCCGGAUGAUGGAAUCCUGGCUGGGCCAUUGGGAGGUAGCAGACAUGAGUUGCAUUGUGAGAUGACAUCCAAAAGCAAUCAAACGAGAGUGUGUUCCCAUUUGCGCGCGCUGCGCAUUGCCAGAAAGAGAAUUGUCUGGUCAUCAAGGCGCCGGAGAAAGGCCCCGUCCCACGAUUACAAGUAUAUGUAUGGCGGUGACAUGCCUAUCACGAACCUUGUACGGAUCAGGACAAAAGGAUUCACAGGCCCGGAUGUCGUCCCAGAAGAACGAUAGCGCUAAGAGUACGGGACUCGGUAGUAGUGAGAUAAUCCACCUAUCUGCCUCUA